UCCCAUUCUCCCUGAAUGCAGCAUGACACAGGCGCUCAGGCGGAUUGUGAUUGGUCAGCUGACAGAAAAACAGGUUACGCCAUAUUGUCAGCUUCCGAAGACAGCGCUAGAUUACUGCAAAAAUGAAAAAAUAGCUUUCUCGACCGCAAAGAUGGAUCAUACUGGGGCACUGGAAGGCGCACCCGUGAUGGAUUGUUCGACUAAGCAGGGAUCCGGUGUCUGCCUGCGAAGUCGACCAUGCUCCACCGAAAGAGACGGCCAGGUGCGGGCUGUCAAAGCUGCUCUCCAGUCCAGGUUGGGGCCCUAUGAGCCAGUCCUGACCUACCUUCAGUCCGUCCUUCUCUGGGAGAGGCCUUUUCAAUGUGUGCUUCUCUACAUUGUGGUCAACGUUGUGUUUUGGUUCUUCGCCCUGACCUCACUGCGCCUGCUCUUCCUGCUGGCCUCUGGUCUGGCUGUGGUUGUCUGUGUUGAUACCUGGAGGAAUAAGAUCUGGCCUGAGAUUAAAGUCAGAACCCAGCAGGAUGAGUCAGAAAACGAGAGCUGGGGUCUGGUGCAGCCCGACAUCAUCAGCGUGCCUGAGCUGUGCCAUCACAUAGCUGAGGCCUGGGUCAGUGCAGCAGUGCUCGCAUCCACUGUGACGCAGUACAAACGACAGAACCCUGGCAUGUUCUGCAUCCUGACCUGCAGUGUGUUUGCCUGCUUCGCUGUCUUUGGACGCUACAUUCCUGGACUGGUGCUCUCCUACUCUGCUGUGUGGGCGACUCUACUGGCUCCUCUGGGAGCGUACCACAGGAUCUUUCAGCAUGUGUGUGUGAAGCUGGAGCCGGCCCUGCAGCGGCUGGACUUCAGUGUUCGUGGAUACAUGAUGUCAAAGCCUAUUGAUAAUCAGUUCCUGCGGAGGCCGAUACAUGGUGCAGCCUCAGGUGACGCCAGCGACAGUGAGGAGGAGCUGGCUGCUUUCUGCCCAACAUUCGAUGAUGCUGUAGUCGCCAAAGAGCUCGCCCUGACUGACUCUGAGCACUCUGACGCUGAGGUGUCCUACACUGAUAAUGGGACAUUUAACCUAUCACGUGGCCAGACGCCGCUCACAGAGGGCUCAGAGGAUCUCGACAGACACAGUGACGCUGAAGAAUCCUUUGCUCAAGACCUCCCUGACUUCCCCUCCAUAAACCCUGAUGCCACUCUAAUGGAUGAUGAUGACGAUACGAGUAUAGGACUACCCAGCCUGGGUCCGUCUGGGCUAGCUAGUCACCGGGCCUCAGUGCUGGAUGUAGAUUCUCAUCUGGACUCAGACCAGGAGGAUCUGGAUACAGAACUUUCCCUCAGUGGCCUACCCCCUGCCUCUGAUUUUGCAGGAGACCUCGCUGGAGUCAUCGCCAGUAAUAUGAUCCAAGCAGCGCUGGCCGGAGCUUUGCAACCCAGGCGUCCUGCCCAUCGCAGAGAGGGCCCUCCAAGAGCUGGGGCACACCGGAGCUAUCGCAAGCAGUCCAGCUCUGAGCUGGACACAGACUUGGACGUAGAGGACUUUGAAAUGCUGGAUCAGUCUGAACUGAACCAGAUGGAUCCUAUUGGAGGAGGGGGUAGUAGACGGGGAGAGGGCCAGGGGUCUAACUUCUUGUCCAGCUUGCUGGGUAAACCACAGUGAGGUGUGUGAGUGUGGGUAUGUGUGCAGGUGUGUGUAUGUAUGUGUGUGGACAUGUCGGUCAGCUGUGAGUGUGUGUGCUGUGAGAAAUGGUUCUAGGUUCCAGCAGCCCUGCUUCUGAUUGGCAUCAGUUUAUCACUGUGAAGUACUUUUAUUUUUUCUCUCUUUUCAGUCUCUCUUCUCCUGGACUUUGAAACCCUGAUCAUUUAGAGAACUCUUCUCUGUAGGCUAAGCAAUAGGAAACAACCACAGUAAGACAUCCACACAUCAGAGAAACCAGCAUUAUUAACCCUCAUUGCAGUCUUGUAAUCUCGUGCAUACAGAGGUUACAAGGGGACGUGUUAGAUUAACAUUGGUGCCCAUACAAUCUUUUCUACCUGGAGGUCUACACAUACAGGGCUACUUAACAUGGGACCAAAUAUCACAUUCCUAUUGGUAGAGCUGAGCCAUGUCGCUGUGAAAUGACAUCAUGACACACACCUUUAAAUGAAUUAUGGCCAUCAGUUCACGCUGCUGUUAAUAUUACUGCUCUGCUGUCAUUUAAGUAACAUGUGGCUGUGAUCUGUUAGAAGAUGACUCAUUCAAUAUUACAGGUUUACAUGGAGGAUGUUAUCAGCUGCUGUAGGUUUGGACAGCCAGAGAUGAUAGAGGUGGAAUAUAUUUGGCUGAAGGUUUCAGUAGCUUCUCUCUGGUUUCUGUUCUUCUCCUCUUUCCUUCACCUUUCCGUAUGAAGACAUUUUUUUGGAAGCUUUUAUUGUUUUUAUUGACAAAUGUCACAUUACAGUCUUAGCAGGCGUGCAGAGUAACACAGGACGUUAUGUUUGUUGUAUUUAUAAACUUGUGUUGCUGGUUGAGAUUGGCUUCAUCUUCUGAGUGAACAAGCUCAAUAUAUUUUUCAUUUUUCUGCCCUUUUAACUGAAGAGAAAAAAAUGCAUUUUCCAUUCAUACCUUGGAUUAGCCCAGAGCUUGUUUGUAUGUGUGUUUCUUUUUUCAGAAAUGUUUAAACAAAUUUCAUUUUAUCUUUUACCAUCUUUGUAUUUCAUGUAGCGAACAGCCAUGCUGAACUUUCUAGAAAAAACUUAAAUAUUCCUCAAUUCACGGAUCAUUUGCUAUUUUAAUGGGGAAAUAUGUUUACAUGAAAACUAGGCUAAGUUCUCAUAAUCUUUUUUUUUAAAUGUUAAGUUUAUAAAGGUUUAAAGUGGAUUUUGUGUCCAGGUCAGUCUGACCUUACUUCAAUGGUCAAACCAUGUCAGUAUGUCAAAACAUAACAGUGGAAAUGGCACUUAUAACUUAAAAAAGCCACAUCAUGGAUUUAUUGAAACAGCUUCACCAGAGUCUAAAAACAGGAAAAUACAUGACUCUCCUUUUAAUUGUGUUAUUUUAAUUAGAAAUCAUAGCUGCAAAUAUUAAACUCUAUAGAAAACUGCUGGAUCCACAUUUAUGGAGAUGAAGAAAAAAGUGUGCACUGAUAGGAUAUUGCUGGGAUUUGGAAGUCUCAGUUGAGACUUGGUUUUAUCUCCUCAGUUAACCAGAAUGUUGCUCAUUGCUGCGCCAUGAAGAGUCUGCGUGAUCUGUAGUCGGUUGGAUAAUGUAACGUGGAUAGUAGUGUUUUUUCUUCCCUGUAUCUGGUUUUGAUAUGUUUUGAUGUGCAAAUCGUAUUGAAUAAAAUAUUUGCUAUUAA